AUGGCAUCCCAGGGUAGCAUUGUUGAUAGAGGAUUGGUGAGGAUGCGGGAGGUGGUGAUACUACAAUGCAGCAUGCAGCUUGUGGGAGGUGCAGCGCUGAACACGAAGCACGGCACAAAGCAGACGCGCUGCAACGAGCGAGCCACCCGCCGGUGCUGCAAGCACACUAACCCAACCGGCUUGCAAGCCAAUGGUGGGCUGUUGGCGGGGCCUUGUGCAGGAGACUCCCCCGUAAUUUCCCUGAUGGAGUCAGUGAGGACAGUGGACUCCCCCCUGGUCGCCCGGCGGGGACCACCAGUCGUCAUCGCGCACGGUAUCCGAGGUGUAGGCCUGGGUUCCAGCAACAGGUAG